AUGUCUGUAGCUGCCCAAGAACAGCCCGGUCCCUCGGCCCAACACACCCUUCCCAACCUCGCAGAUCUCGUCAAGGCAGGUACAAAGAGGACAAGAGUCGUCUAUGCCGGCGAAGGGGCCAGUAUCGAUGACGGUCUUGCCAGAGCAAACAAGAUAAAACUCGCGACAAAGCUGGGCAUCGAGUACAAGGAUGUCCAGACAUUACCGCCUAUAUUGCAAUCUCAGACAGCUGGCCCAGCCGGACCCAAACGACCUAGCCAGGCUGCUAUCGCUGCCCCUGGAGCUGCAGCUGCCGGCGUCAAGCUCAUUGGAGGACCAGAGGCGCGGUCGACUUCGUCCAGUGGUCCUCAAGCGCCCGAACCCCAAGCCCUCGUCAAGUUCAGACAUCAACAGGGAUACGCAGCGGAGGGGGGUCAAGCAGGCUCGCGUUUGUCGCAGGCAUUGAUGCGGAAGAAGGAGGCGAGGGAGAUCAAGCCGGAAUAUCACCCGCAAUGGAAACUUUCAAGAGUCAUUUCUGGACAUAUGGGAUGGGUGCGAGCUGUUGCAGUGGAUCCUGGAAAUCAGUGGUUUGCGACUGGGGCUGGAGACCGAGUGGUCAAGAUCUGGGACCUUGCUUCCGGAGAGCUCAAGCUCUCAUUGACAGGUCACAUCUCUACCAUCCGUGGUCUCGCUGUAUCAGACCGUCAUCCAUACUUGUUCUCCUGCGCUGAAGACAAGAUGGUCAAAUGCUGGGAUUUGGAGACAAACAAGGUCAUCCGACACUACCAUGGUCACUACUCUGGUGUCUACUCGCUAUCGGUACAUCCCACACUGGAUGUCUUGGUCACUGCCGGUCGAGAUGCGGCUGUUCGAGUAUGGGACAUGAGGACAAGAGCCAACGUGCACACUCUUACCGGACACACCAGCACCGUUGCAGAUGUCAAGACUCAGGACUCUGAUCCCCAAAUCAUCUCUGGCAGUAUGGACAGCACCGUUCGGCUGUGGGAUUUGGCCGCAGGCAAAUGUAUGCAAACCCUCACGCACCACAAAAAAUCCGUCCGCGCCCUAGCCAUCCACCCCACCGAAUACUCCUUCGCCUCUGGCUCCGCCGGUGGCAACAAUAUCAAAAAGUGGAAAUGUCCGGAAGGCACUUUCGUCAACAACUUUGUGGGGCAUGAGGCGAUUAUCAAUACGAUGAGCGUCAAUUCAGAGGGGGUGCUGUUCUCGGGUGCGGACAAUGGGACACUGACCAUGUGGGAUUGGAAGACGGGACUGCCGUUCCAACAUUUGAAGGAUAUCCCUCAGCCGGGGUCGCUUGACGCCGAGGCUGGUGUGUUCUGUUCGACGUUUGACAAGACGGGGACGAGACUUAUCACUGGUGGGGCUGAUAAGACCAUCAAGAUCUAUUCGGAGCAGGCGUAG